ACCGCCACGAUUCUCCAAGAACCCAAAUCCCGCUGUUGCUCUUUACCUUUCUUUUACGGGCCAUCCAUAAUGUCCGGAUCUUUGCUGAUAUCGAUGUCUCGACAAUAUGGACGAUGAUGAUCGCUGCGAGCAAUGUGGCUCGACUGAUUUUGAGGUCGACGAGGAUGGAAGAACAUACUGUACCAACGGGCACGAGCAAGCUAGGGGCCACAUCAUCGCGGAAGACGACGCAGAUUUCGCCCAGCGAGGGAACAUUGUGAGGAAGAAAAGUUCCAGACAGAAGCAGAAAUUUUCCAGAGUUCUUCGAGGUGCAAAAGCGUAUCAGUUGUUCCUUCAGUGUUGGCAGUUUAUCCUAUGGAAACAAUGCCAUGCUCUCGUCUACCAGAAAGGUCUCCCGGCUGAACUUUGGACGAUCGUUCGUGACUUGUGGACAUUGUGGCUUUCAAGACUGGAUCAUCGCCUCCGAGAUCCGACCAAGCCUGUCGGACUCGCUGCUGACACCGGAGACGAAGACGAACCGGCUACUACUUCUGCGGAGGAGGCAGACACCGAACGUGAAACUGCCGGCGACCUAGAUAACCACAAAAAGGGGAAACGGACUCACGAAAGUCCGCAGCUGGUUGAUACUAUUGCCCUCAACUUUAUAGGUAUCAUCCUUCUCCGCCGACCGGUCAGCCUGGCGAGGAUCUUCAAAUGGAUACAACUCGAAGAUAUCCCAUUCAUCCGCGCCAUCAGGCAUGUCCCUCAGGAGAUGAAGGACCGAUUGCCGUCCGAGUACCACCUCUCGCUCGACACGAUCCGUAUCCUUGAACAGGACGAUCUCCAAAUCGCAAUCUACCGGCUCGCCCAGAUGUACAAUGCCACGUAUGGCAUGAUCAUGCCACCGCUCAAUCACAACCUUCUCCUUCUCCAUUAUGUCCGAUCCCUCGCUCUUCCGAUCGAGGUGUACAGUAUGGCGCGUCGGUUGAAUCUCAUCACAAAGUACAACUUCUGCUACGCUGAUGGAACGUCAACAGAGACUACAAGACGCCAGGCGACCACAUUUCCUGAAGCACAAUUGAUCUCGCUCGUCGUAGUUACGACCAAACUUCUCUUCCCCUUUGACUCGGACACAGUCAAGCGCUACCCAAAAGAAGCAAACGAAUCGACGACCUUGCGAAUGAAGUGGCCUACUUGGCUGGCCGCAAAGGAGAAGUUCGACAAACCGUUCCCCAACGACACGACCGAUCCCGACGCUCUCCAACCCGGAGCUGAAAUCCAUGUGACGGACAGCGACAUCUUCCGAAUGUCCGACAAGCAACUCGACCAGUAUAUGGACUGGUACCAACGAACUUGGAUCAAGACUUCCGACUCCGACUCUCAAACUCAACAUUCUCAACAACAAGAGAGUGCGCUGGACAGAGAGAUUCUGGAUAUGUUCCCCUUGCAUGACGUCCAGGAACCCGUCAAGACCCGCGAGCAUGAUCAACAAGCCCGACUCGACGAGCAAUCUCGUCUUGAUACCCGGAUCCGAGAGGUCCAAGCCUCGCUGUUGCCACGUAGGGCGAUCAGCUCGGAAGAGGAAGCCGAGCGUGGUCUUGAGCUUCUCAGACCGGGAGCGAUGUAUCCGCGCUAUCGCCACGUCGAGGAUCUAGACAAGGCUGCCGACUCGGUUGUGCGAAUCUUCCACGAAGAAGCGGCGCAGACCGCGUGUUUGAGCCUGAAGGCGCUUGUGAAGGCGGUCAAUAAGUCCGAGCAGAGGAUCGAGCAUUGGCUCAGAGAGAAACGGAGGCGCGAGGUCUUCAGUGAGGAAAGCACGGACGAAGAGAUGGAACAGGAGGAGGAGGAGGAGGAGGAGGAGGAGUAUGAUGAUGAUGAUCUGCUCGCGACGAGUCCCCCGGGAAAGCUGGCUAGCGACUUGAAAGGUCUAGAAUUGGGACGGUCGUCUGGGAUCCACGACGGUUCGGAUAUUGAUGUGGACAUGGAUAUGGAGAUGCUGCCGGAGUUGGAACUGCAAGCUGGGCCUUCUACAUAGCAGCCUCAGCCAUCUCAGCCAUCUCAGCCAGAUCUAAA